CUCUAUCUGUUUUUUCAAUGGCGUAACGAAACCGCGCGGCAUCUGUCCACGGUGUCCACGUCAGUUCGUAUGGUUUGCUCGCGGCUUUCCUGUGACGUGACACGUAAACAGCGGCUCGUUCGUAACCUCGUGGCAGUCGAUGAACGAAACGUUCACGCAGAUGAUAAUCCACCUGGACAUUUCCUAGCGUAAACAAGUGCAAUACAAAGAUGCAUUGGACGCUGUGUGUACUGAUAAUCGGAUCAUUCGGGUGCAAGUUUCUUCUCGGCCAAGCGCAAAGGGUCGCACCAGGUGUACCGCCUCAGCAUUAUCAGCAGCCUGUUCAAGUACCGCAACAUGCCCAGCAAGUACCACAUCAACAGUAUCAAGUACCUGCACAACAGCAGGUUCCUGUUCAACAAGUACCAAUGCAACAAGUACCUAUGCAACAGCAAGUACCUGUGCAACAGCAGGUACCUAUGCAACAGCAAGUACCUGUGCAGCAACAAAUGCCAGGUCACCAGCCUCAACAACCACAUGGACAUGGUCACCAACCUCAACAACCACAUGGGCAUCAUGGAGGGCCACCUCAAUUACUCAACACUGCCAAUAUAGCUCAUGAAAAAGAUCACAUCGCUGAGCAUGCUGAAGUCCCAAUAGAUACUAGCAAGAUGACAGAUCAGGAGCUGCAGUUUCAUUAUUUCAAAAUGCAUGAUGCGGAUAAUAACAAUAAGUUAGAUGGUUGUGAGUUGAUCAAGUCUCUUAUACAUUGGCAUGAACAAGGUAGCAAGGAUUCUGGUGCGCAAGGCGACAAGUUAUUCCAGGAUGAAGAAUUAGUGCAAUUAAUAGAUCCGAUACUUAGCAUGGAUGACAGUAAUAACGAUGGCUAUAUCGAUUAUCCAGAAUUUAUUCGGGCCCAACAAAAUGCUGCAGCUAAUGUGCGUACAUAAUGGUGAGUGGAAAUUUAGUAUGGACUUGCCGAUCACAAAAGGGAUUUUGAAAAAUCCAAAAAAUAUCCAGCAAAAUGUUGGAUUUUCAUCAUGGAUGUUUUAUGCUGCGUUACUGACACAUUGAUUAUCCUAUGUGUAUGAUGAAACAGAAUUGGUGUAUGUGAUAAUUCAUUCUUUAUCGACUUAAUUAUGGGUUAUAAAUAAGAAAAAAUAAGAAAGUAGAGAUGAAUAUGAAAGAGGGAACUUUUUUUUAUAUUAAUGUUAUAUACGUAGACAAUACAUAGAUAAUUUGAAAAAAUUAUAUAAUUGAAAAUUAUUGUACAAUUAAAUAAUUGAGGUGUAUAAAAUUCCUCUUAAUUAUUUCUGUUCAACGAGAUUAAUUUUAUAAUGAAAGUGUUUACUACGUCCCAUUAUUGUGUAAGAUGAUCAUAAUGUUCUAUUAUUGUUACUAAACUGGAUUUUUUAAUACAUCAGAAGAGACUAUUUUUAAAUGAGUAUUUUAUAAAAUAUUUUAUAGGAUACCUGGGGCUCUGUUAAUAAAUAAAAUGGUCAUUCA